AGCCCGGAGCACACCAUGGAGCCGCCGCGGCCGCCCCUCACGAAGCCCAGCCCGAAGCACACCAUGGAGCCGCCGCGGCCGCCCCUCACGGCCACCCCGCCCCGCCCCGCCCUCGGUUCCUCCGGCCGUCAGGCGGCGCCGCAGCGUGCGGCGGGUGGAGCGGUCAUGGCGCUGUCCGGCGACCUGUGGGCAGAGCUGCCGGCUGAGCGCCGCAUCUUCUGCUCCGUCCUGCUCUUCUCGUGGGCCGUCUACCUCUGGGAGGCUUUCCUGGCGCACCGGCAGAGGCGGGUGUAUAGAACAACAACCCAUGUACCACAGGAGCUGGGACAGAUCAUGGACUCAGAAACAUUUGAAAAAUCUCGCCUCUAUCAGUUGGACAAAAGUACUUUCAGCUUUUGGUCAGGCCUCUAUUCAGAGGUUGAGGGCACUAUGAUUCUCCUCUGUGGAGGAAUUCCUUUUCUAUGGAAACUGUCUGGUCAGAUCUCUGGUCGUGCUGGGUUUGGACCAGAAUAUGAGAUUGUUCAGUCAUUGGUAUUUCUGCUGCUUGCAACACUCUUCAGUGCAUUGACUGGUCUCCCAUGGAGUUUAUAUAAUACAUUUGUCAUAGAAGAGAAACACGGCUUCAACCAGCAGACGCUGGGAUUCUUUUUUAAGGAUGCUAUCAAGAAGUUUGUUGUGACUCAGUGUAUUCUGUUGCCAGUGACAUCCCUUCUGCUUUACAUUAUUAAAAUAGGGGGAGACUACUUUUUUAUCUAUGCCUGGCUCUUCACUUUAGUUGUUUCCUUGGUGCUUGUUACAAUCUAUGCAGACUAUAUUGCACCUUUGUUUGAUAAAUUCAUUCCACUUCCGGAGGGAGAGCUCAAGCAGCAAAUUGAAACAAUGGCAAAGAGCAUUGACUUCCCACUGACGAAGGUGUAUGUUGUUGAAGGUUCUAAGCGUUCUUCCCACAGCAAUGCUUAUUUCUAUGGAUUCUUCAAGAAUAAGCGGAUAGUUCUCUUUGACACACUCCUGGAAGACUAUUCUGCUUUGAACAAAGAACCAGCAGAAGGAGAAGAUGGUGAGAACGAAGAAACAAAGUCUAAAACCAAAAAUAAGAAACAAGGAUGUAAAAAUGAAGAAGUUCUGGCUGUACUGGGUCAUGAAUUGGGUCACUGGAAACUAGGUCAUACUGUCAAAAAUAUAAUCAUCAGCCAGAUGAAUUCCUUCCUUUGCUUCUUCUUGUUUGCUGUGCUAAUUGGUCAGAAAGAACUCUUUGCUGCAUUUGGUUUCUAUGACACCCAGCCUACCCUGAUAGGCUUGAUGAUUAUUUUCCAGUUCAUUUUUUCACCUUACAAUGAGGUUCUCUCAUUUUGUUUGACAGUAUUGAGCCGACGAUUUGAGUUUCAAGCAGAUGCAUUUGCCAAGGAACUUGGGAAGGCUAAGGACCUAUAUUCUGCUUUGAUCAAGCUAAACAAAGAUAAUUUAGGAUUCCCUGUUUCUGACUGGAUCUUUUCAAUGUGGCAUUACUCCCACCCACCCCUUUUAGAAAGACUUCAGGCCUUGAAAGAUGCAAAGCAAGAGUGACAGCAAUGAUUGCUGGUUCAGAGACAGUGCUUCCAUCUCAGAAGCAAAGUUCAGAGCUGCUUUUUAAUUUUUUUUUAAAUGGAUAAUGCAAAUUAAGCACGCUGUUAACAGCACCACAGAUCUGAGUAUCCUGAAACAGGUAUUAAAUUAUAAAUGACUUAUUUUUAACAAAAACAAAACUGUGGAACCUAAUUUAGAAAAAGUGCUGGGUGAAGACCUUCCCCCCCACCCGCCACACUGACUUUUAUUUCCAUAUCAUAGUGUAGACUUUUAAAGGGAGGAAAACAAGAGUAGACUUCAAAGCACCUUUUUCUUCAGUUUGUGUAUGCCUUGAACAUUGCUUUUGAUCCUUUUUCUAGUCUCAGCAUUCUGUGAACCUUCCCAGUCUCACCCUCUUCACAGUGAAGGGGCUUUGGGUGACUUGAUUUCCUGUAUAAUGAUACUUGUGCUUGCCAGUGUGUUUGAAAAAGCUGAAUCCAGCUGCAGGCUUUUCUCCUGCAGUCAUGUCUGUCAGAAUGAAAAAUGCUACUUAAUAAAACCUUCUUUCUCUGCAGUGUGGGAAGAAGGAUGAAUUAUAGCUGAGGAAGUGUACCAUGUCUUCCUUGAAAAUGAGCAUUAUUAUUUAGGGGCAUUAUAGUGGGAUUAGGCUGCUCCUAUUGCCCCAGGGCUGCUGGGGGUAUGGAAGGAUGUUACAGAGAAUCAGAAUGGAACCCACACAUUUGAGAAAAUUGCCAAUUCUCUCUUCUUCUCCCUUUUUCCACAUCUCAGUUGCUCCAUUUCUGUUGUGCUUUGCCUAGAUUUCUUGUGUAUAUGGAAGUGUCCAGUUGCUCAGCCAGUGUAUCAGAGCCACACUUUCAUUCUGAGGGGGCUCAUCCUCCAUUCCACUGAGGGUUUUUCAUUAAUAUGAAUCCAGCUGAAAUAGUAGUGUUGGCAUACUUACUCUUCAUCAAUGUUCUUAUAUAUAAAAAUUCUUACACAUAAAAAGCCCAGGAAACAGUUUGCCCACAUCAAUUAUUGAAGAAAAAAGUGGGUAAACCUGGAAAUGGCUUCGGCAUUGAUUAUCUCAGACUUUUCUGAUGAAAAAUAGGAUUAUACUUACUUUUGUUGAAGUAAAAAUAAAAGUAAGAUAUAAGUUUGCAUGUGCAUACAAAUGUUUUAACCGGCUUCAAUAUAGAAACUCCAUAUAAAAAUCAGAUUUUCUGUCUGUAGUAAAUAAAAAAGUUCUGCUCAGCUCUGUACAAAGAGAGAAGUCACCAAAGCAGAUUGUCAUUGUUUCACAUGUCAGAAUAUUCUCAUAUAUUUUAUUGUUAGCUUACAUUUGUUUUUCUGAUCAUAGGGAAAAAUGCCUUAUAAAAAGAUGGGCACAAUGAUGUCUUGGGUGAAACAAGAUGUUGCUGAAAGCCCUUUGUAUGCCUUAUUCUAAUUGUGUUUAUACCCCAGCAAGUAUGGAGCUAAGCUAUAGAUACAGAUUUAGACAGUUUUACAGAUCUGGAGAGCCUAUAUUUGUCAUGUGAACUGUAUUUAAUAAAAGGCCCUCAAAAAUAAAAACAUUAACUUGAAUCUGUCAAUUCAGAAGAAUAAA